AUGAAAGUAGUCUUCCUGUAUCGGAUUGGAUGUAUUGCUCUUGUAUUGUUUCAAUUCAUGAUCGUCGUCUACUAUGUUGUGAUUAGACGAUCGGGUCUUUCUUCCAAUUCAACACUUCACAAAGUUUUUAUACCGAGUUAUUUCAAUGAAACAUUAAAUGUUGCACAAGUCGUUGAACACUCGAGGAAUGGACCUCCUCCGAUUGCCUUUGAACGCAUGUUGUAUCGAUAUCAACAAUAUCAUGACUCAGUACUCUCAUCCUAUGUAUUCACACCGAAUUGUUUUUCACAGAAUGUAGCAUUGAAUGGAGAGUUGUUUUUAAAAACUCCACAAUUUGUUGUUUUUAAAGCACACAUGUAUAGUGGAUAUGGAAAUAUCAUUAUGGGUCUAUUUUCUACAUUAUUAUAUGCCUUACUAAGUAAUAGAGUAUUAUUAGUGAAUUGGGAAGGAGGAGAAGUGGGAUGUCAUGCCUCACUGUCACAACUAUUGAAAAAUCCAACAUUCUUGUCUCAUGAACUCUUUUGGAAUUAUGGACAAGUGAAACAAAAAUCCAUUGAAAAAGGAUGUCCACUCGAUCGAUGGACAUUUAUUGAAAAAAAUUGGCUGCAUUUAGAAAGUACCGUCUAUCACGAUCGUUCAAAACCAGGUUAUCGUUAUUUCAAAUGUUGUAAAGGUUUUGCUCAAAUAUUACCAACAAGUAUUUAUCACAAAGAAAAUGAAAAAUUUAAUCAAAUCAAUUCCAAAGACUUUAUUGAAAUUGAAGCAGCACAGUAUUUUGCUCCAACGCUGUAUGCUGACAAUGAUGUAUAUUAUCAAUUAUUUUCAAAAUUAGAAACCAAAGAUAAGGAUUGGGAGUUGCGUCCUAAACUUUAUCAAAUUAAUAUUUUCAGCAAAUUAGCUCCACUUUUAUUCGAACCCAUUGAUUUGAUACAACAGAAAGUAGAUCACUUUCGAACCACCAUGCUCAAAGACAAGACCAAUCAUCCAGAAUCAACAUUUUUAUUAGGCAUUCAAAUCAGAAAGAAUGAACAAGAAUAUUUAUUUCACAACACUCCUGUGAAUAUUUAUUGGGAGUGUGCCAAGCAACGUAUUACUGAGAUUAGUACUUUUGAAAAGUAUAAGAAAGUGAUUGUAUUUCUCACCAGUGAUUACACGCCUGCAUUUGAUGAAGCAAAACAAUUCUUUGAGGAGCUUCAAGUUCCUGGACUCACCAUUCAUUUGGUCUAUCUUCCUCAAAAUAUUCCAAAAUCUCGUUCAGUAGAAGCAGUUCAACAUGCUUUAAUUGAUUUGUACUUGAUGAUGGGUUCUGAUGAUUUGAUUGUGAGUGAAAAAUCAACGUAUGGACACAUCAUUCACGGUACUGCAGGAAUUUCACCUCUCGUAGUGAGAAAGGAAGGAAGAUUUGCCAAGAAUCCUGCAUGUGUUCGAGCUCAAAACUCAGAACCAUGGUUUCAUCUUCGUUUCAGAAGUGAGCUUGAAAAAUGUUAA